AUGCCCUACCUCACCGCACCCUCCUUCUUCGCCGGCUCCGGCAGCACAGUGGCCGGGUUCCAGCUCCCGGGUGCUCCUCGCCGCACGACGCUUCACGCACGGGCAGCUUCAGCGGCCGGAGGAGGCCUGCGCGCGGUGGAGCCGACGUUCUACGAGCUGCUGGGGAUCACGGCGGAGAGGUGCAGCUUCGAAGACGUGCGGGCGGCGUACCGGCGGAUGGCGCUUAGGUACCACCCGGACGUCUCCCCGAAUGGCGCCGCCGGCGAGCACACGCGGCGCUUCAUCCAAGUGCAGGAGGCCUACCAGACGCUUUCCGACCCCCGCCGACGAAGCAGCUACGACCGCGCGCUUGCACGCGGCGUCUGCCGGCUCGCCUUCAACCCUGCCGCGCGCAACGUCGCAUCCAUGUACCGCCAGGAGCUGGAAGAGAAAUCCGGAUGGAGGACAUCUUGGGAAGGACAGAUCAAAGAACUGAAGAAGAGGAACACAAGAAAGGAUUCAGACGAGAACAUAUCCUGGGGAGCUCGGAUGCGAAGGAAAACGGGUGAACAAUUGUGACU